AUUUUAGCGAAUUGAACACUUCAGCUGCUGAAACUCCUGCAGAACAAAUAUGAUUGCAUCUGAACCUCUUUCCUGUGCUUGCUCCUCCAGCUGACCCCUCGUAUCCUGGACGCCUAUCAGAACGUGGCUCAGCUCUCACUGACCGACGCACUGAUGCGCUUCCUGCAGAUCUGGCAAGCCCUGCCUGACUUUGGGCUCUCCUAUGUGGUUGUCAGCAGGUUUAAGGGCAGUCGAAAAGACGAGGUCCUCGGCAUUGCUCCCAACCGCCUAAUCCGUAUCGACCUGGCCGUGGGCAAUGUGGUUAAGACCUGGCGCUACAACAACAUGAAGCAGUGGAACGUCAACUGGGACAUUCGACAGGUUGCCAUAGAGUUUGAAGGCAACAUCAACAUUGCUUUUGGCUGCGUGACUGCCGACUGCAAAAUCGUUCAUGAGUUUAUUGGAGGCUACAUUUUCAUGUCGACACGCAGUCAUGAAAAGAGCGACGUGCUCAAUGAGGAGCUUUUCCACAAGCUGACCGGCGGCCAUGAAGCUCUCUGAGAAUAUACCACACAAUCACAAGAAGAAAGAAACACAUCAGAUCUCCUGGUGUGUCUCAACAGUGGAAACCCAUGUGUAAUUGGAUUUUACAUUCCAUUCAAGCUACGACAAAAAUAAUCAUUGUUCCACACACACACACACACACACACACACACACACAUUCAUGAGCUAUCGUGGAUGGACAACAUUUUCAGACAGUUAGAUUCUGGUGGUCCUCAUGCUGACUUCCCCUUGACUUCAAGGUGGACUGCUGCUGGGCCAAACUGCUGGAUCUCGGGUCCUGGAUCAGCAGGCUUGAACCUUAAGCUCAUGGAAAUGUAAAAUCGACAGUUGUAUCAGCCAGCAGCAACUUUCUUCGCCUCCCAGUAUGCAGACUUCCUGUCGCUCAGGAUAGAAAGCCCUGCUUUGUCCAGAGCUGCAAAAUUAUUGUCAGCAGCCACAUUAUCACAGCCAGGAAUAAACAGCAAUGAGUAGAAAUAAACUUUUCGAUAACACACAUUUAUUAACAUAAAUACAGCAAAUAACUUUUCAUUCUCAGUUGUCCUCAGUCCUUAUGGUCGGGACGUUUCGUUAUUUCUUACACAGGAAGCUUUGAACCAUUUAUCUCCCCUCACAUGCUGUGUGUGUGUGUGUGUGUGUGUGUGUGUGUGUGUGUGUGUGUGUGUGUGUGUGUGUGUGUGUGUGUGUGUGUGUGUGUGCGUGUGUGUGUGUGCGUGUGUCCAUAUCUUACGGAAACGGUUACAGCAAACCGUUAACCGAAACCACAGUGUCUGUAUCCUCUGCUUUCCUAUAAUUAUCCACACAUACAGUCUGUCUUCCAAAGACAUAUAAAGGCCCUGCCGGUUGUUGUUAGAAGUCUGUUUGUUACCAUAGUUAUAUAUUUUACAUCAUGGUGAAAUUAUCUUAGUAGUCAAUGUCUGCCAAAGUGUAUUUAACACAUACAAUGCAAAGUAGAAAACACAGCCUCUAUAGUUAUACAUAAAUUGCCAGCAUAAGUUGAUUGACUUGUCAUAUAAAAUAAAGUAUGUCUUCCUAAA